GGACGAACGACCGGGAGUGCACAGACCAGACCUUGUCGUGCUUACCUUGGCCUGAAGCGGCUUAGCUUGGGAGCUCCAAGGUCCCUCCACUCAAGAUUCCCGAAUUUCACCAGUCAACUUUCUGGAUUCAACAUUGCGAUAAUACCACCGACAACAGAUCCAAGCACCUUCUGAUCAGACUAAUCCAAGCAGUAGACGACCUAAUUCUCGGCAAAAAUCUCUACUCAAGCUUCAUACGAAUUUUUUUGCUUCUUCCAGAUCUCAAGAUCCCCGCAAUCAUGGCAACCCUCGGAGGCUAUCUCAACAAGAAAGUCCUCAUUGUGACAUCGGACUCGAGAAUCUUGGUGGGCACACUGGAAGCGGCAGACCAGUCCACGAACCUCGUACUCAGCAGUGCCCAAGAGCGAGUCAUCCAGACCCCCGAGAGCGGCGAGCCCUCUGUCGAAGUGCCCCUCGGCCUCUACCUCGUCCGAGGCGACAACGUCUGCACGAUCGGCCUGGUAGACGAAGCGCUAGACGACAGCAUCAACUGGACCGAAGUCAAGGGUUCUGCUAUUGGAGGAACCAAGCACGUAUGAAAACCUGCGCAUACACAAAAGAGAGAGAGGAAAAAAGCAAAGAUGGGUUUCGAGGAUGAGAGUGACAUUCUGCGUCACGGGAUGUUUGAUUACGAGCGGGAUACCCGAGUGUUGGGAAGGACAUGAGAUUGCGCUGCUGCCAUCAAGACAGGCAGGCAGGCCGGCAGAUGUGCGCGCAUUCAUGCACACAUGCACAUGCGCAUGCACACACCUACACCUACACCUACACACACAAAACAACGGCGUUUGCACAUAUUUUGGAGUUGCUAUAGAAUGACAUUGGGUUUCCUACGGGGUAUGCGCCUGCCUUUCUUCUAUCCAGAUCUCUCCUCCAUCAUGCUACAAUCUCAAAUGAUGUUUGUGCUGACACGAGACAACAACGAAAGAAGAGCCCACACUCACACAUAGAAGGGGGGGGGGGGGGGGGGGGG